CAGUAGGAAGUAGUACUUUGAUCCACUGCUGAUCUGAAAGGCAAAAAAAGAAACAGCCAUGGCUUAUUCAAUGGAAGAUGAAGAGGCUCCAACAACACCGGCGAGUUUAUACAAAGCAUUGUUGAAUCGGUUUGGUGAUUUAGAAGAGAGCCAUGCGAAGUUAAGAGAACAAAUGGAAUUAGUAGUACAAGAAAGAGAGAAGGAACAGAAAUGGUUGAUGAUUAGAGGAGGAGGCGGCGGCGGUGGUGGUGUAAGAGGUGGUGGUGGUGGGGGUGGAGGAGGAGGAGGAAGAAUAGGAGGUGGAUAUUACGAAGAUGCUAAUAAUGGGUUUUCGGAUAAUGAGGAAAAUGAUGCAUAUAGGAAUUGGGGUGCUCAUAAUAUUAAAGGAUUUUUCUUUUCUGGUUGGCCUUAUAGUAAGAUUUUACAGUCUAUGGGUCAUGCUAUUCAUAUUGUUCGGCCUUAUGAUGGCAAGCUUACUUUCUGGAACCGUUCAGCAGAAACUCUCUAUGGAUGGAAGGACUAUGAAGUAAUUGGACAAAGAAUCCAGGAUUUGCUUAUUGAGGAUCCGAUUCAUCAAGCGGGGGAGAAAAUCAUAGCAAAAUUGAGCAGUGGUGAAUCAUGGUCAGGUCAGUUGCCUUUUAGGAAGAGAUCUGGUGAGAUAUUUAUGGCGCUUGUGACGAAAAGCUUGUUGUAUGAAGAUGGUGAACUUGUUGGUAUUAUAACUGUCUCAAGUGAUGCAGCUAUAUUUAAUAUUAUAAACUCGGAAAAAUUAAGAACUUUUCGAGAACCUGGCCAUGACCAGAAUACAGAACAAGGAGGGUUUAACAUGAAAAAGAUUCAGUGGCUUCCGAAGCCACAAAGUGCAUCAAAGCCAUCUUCUGUUUCCGCUCUGGCUUCAAAAGUAUUUUCACGUCAGCGUGGAGAAGAUGACGAUUACAGUGUACAUCCAAAUUUCAGAAACGCAGGUGUCACAGUGCUAGAUAAAGAAUAUGUCGAAUCAGCAAAGCCACCAAACCCUACCUUUAGACUGAACGUUGGAAUUAAUCAGGCCGACCAGAACAAUAAACGGAAUGUGGAAUCUCGAUUCAUUCAACCUUCAAAAUUUGCAGCGAAGCUUCUAGAGAAAUUAAAUGUCGGGGGAGGUGGCAAAGAAGAGCGUAAAAGUGAAGUUCAUUGUUCACCUGAUUACUCUGCUAAUAAUGCAAUGGGAGGUAAUCCAAACCUCCCAAGACUUUCAAGGGAGUCAUCUCUAGACCGUCCUGACUUAGCUAAUGGAAAAAGGGAAACUAACUAUGGCAAGAAUAGCCCUGCAAUUGCCAAUAAAAGUGGAUAUUUUAAUCCAGCGGGAAUGCGAAAUCAGAAUCAGUUCAAGGAAGAUGGGCUAGUGACGAACAAAAAUUCAUUUAUGAAUUCAUGGUUAGAGUGUCAACAAUGUCCUAAACUUCCCACGGGAAAUUAUUUGCCUCCAUUUGGAGGCGAGUAUGACGGAAAUGACGAAAUGCCGCGUGAUUUAGAUAACUACGGUGAUGUAGUAGUAGAAAAUACUAAAUUGAACCAAAAGCCAGAUAUUUCUCAGUCUCCAACAAUAGUGAGCUCUGAAGAGUCCAAUAACAGUUCGCAGGAAAAUUCAUCAACCAAGGAGAAAAAAUUUGAUUGUGAGAUUCAUUGGGAAGAUCUGCAUUUAGGGGAAGAGAUUGGACAAGGUGCAUUUGCUAACGUGUAUCGAGGAGUUUGGAACGGAUCGGAUGUUGCGAUAAAAGUUUAUAUGGGAAGUGAUUAUCAAGAGUCUACUAUUCAAGAUUACAAGAAAGAGAUUUCUAUUAUGCAAAGACUACGACAUCCAAAUGUGUUACUUUUCAUGGGCGCAGUUUACUCUCCAGAGAGACUUGCCAUAGUGACAGAGUUCUUACCCAGGGGUAGUCUAUUUAAAACACUACAUAAGAGCAAAGAGGCUUUAGACAUUAGACGCCGGCUAAGGAUGGCCCUUGAUGUUGUUAGAGGUAUGAACUAUUUGCAUCACAGAAAUCCACCCAUAGUGCAUAGAGACUUGAAAUCUUCGAAUCUACUUGUUGACAAGAACUGGACUGUCAAGGUUGGUGAUUUUGGGUUAUCGAAGUGGAAACAUGCAACUUUUAUAACAGGAAGAUCCGGAAGAGGAACUCCGCAAUGGAUGGCCCCUGAAGUCCUCCGUAAUGAACCUUCAGAUGAAAAGUCUGAUGUUUUCAGUUUUGGUGUAAUUCUAUGGGAACUAAUGACCGAGUCAGUUCCAUGGUCGGAGUUAAACUCUUUACAGGUUGUUGGUGUUGUUGGCUUCAUGGAUCGUCGACUAGAUAUUCCAGAAACACUUGAUCCUCGACUUGCAUCCAUUAUAGAGGACUGCUGGCGAAGUGAACCUGGGAGUCGGCCUUCAUUCCAAGAACUAAUUCAAAGGAUGACAGAAUUGAUACAAAAGUUUUCAGCUGGUGCAGUUCAAAAGAUACCUAAACCAUAGCGGUAUACGGAGUAGUACAGGUCAAAAACUAUGUUGGUGGAUUGCCUCAGCGGUAUCAUCAAUGAGGAAAAAGCUGCUGGAAGUAAAUGACGAAGUCAGUAGCAUCAACCAAAGAAACACAGUAAAACACGCUUGAGACAUGAGGUUCAAUACUAUACGCGUACUAGGUCUUAGAUUGGAAGGUCUAUUUCUCUUCUCGCUGUGCAGAUUCACAAUGGCGGGGUUUUUGCAUGUGGGGAUGCUGACUAACCUAGAUGAGCUCAAUUUUUAUUAGCCAAUUUUGUCUGAAUGGUUAUGGUUUUUCUGCUUAUCAACCGGAGUAGUAAGUUCUGUACAGACUACUGCAAGUUGUGUGGGUUCUUUUUCAAUCAUCCUAGAUGUUGUGGAAGCUGGGUUUUGUAAACCCAUGUUAAAUGUGGCAUACUACUGAAGCCCGUUGUAACUUGAU